UACUCGGUGUUCGUGGGAGGGCUCAACUUCGACACCGACGAGCGCACGCUGCGCGAUCACUUCGAGCGCUUCGGCGAGGUGGACUCUGUGCGCAUCAUCUACGAUCGCGAGACCGGGCGGAGCAAGGGGAUCGCCUUCGUGCACUUCGCCGAGAAGGAAUCGAUCGCGAUCGCAGCGGAGCGCACGCACGGCGUUGAGAUCGACGGUCGCGCCGUACGAUGCAACCCCGCC